GCUAGACUUAUCUUAAAAGUGUCACAGUUUAACAGGAGCGCCUCCAAUUCGCUGGCGUCCUGUACCUGAUGCAAUCAGAAGAACACAGACUCAAAUCAAAAGAAACCGAGGAGCUAUAAUUCACCAAAGAGGAGUCUAUAGGAGUGAGUCAGCGGAGGAGAACUGCGAAGUUAUUUAGGUACACCAGAAGCGGGGGCAGCCAGCCGGGCGAUCUGAGUGUUUCCUGACUUUGAUGCGACCCGAGUGUGCCUGGAGCAUGUCCACAGUGGGCCUGACUGCCCAGGAGAUCUCUUUUCCCAUAGAAAUCCCCUUCCUGAGGGGCAGCUACUGUCACAGCAUGGCUGGAUCCAAACCCUCCUGGAACUAUCGCCAUGAGCUGGACAACUUCUACUUCAGUAUGGACACUGCACACUCUGAUCACAGCUCUCGUGCCCAGCAUAAUGGGCCACCUCCACCUUCUUUAAGUUAUGAGAGACACAAACACAGUCCCAGCUCACAGAGAUUACCUCCUAAGAAGUCCCGGCCCUCCCAUCUCUCCCUGUCCUGCAGUGCUGAACCAUCCACCCCAAGUCCUGCUGAUGACGACCAGGUGGUCCCCUCAUUCCAGAGGCUCUCUGUGUACGAGUGCAGCAGUCCACCACAGACGCCAGGCAGAUGCUCCAAGCCUCUGCCCCCCAUUCCUCCACACACGGACAUCUCCCCUGAGCAGGCUAUGGACAAUGAGGUAGAGUUUUUCACAAGUUCAGACGACAGCUGCUGCCUGGUGUCUGAUCAGUGUCCCAAAUCUUCUCCUUUUCGAUAUGGAGUCCCGAGUCGAAGGAGCUUCAGGAACUGCGGCCAGAUUAACUAUGCUUACUAUGAUGGUCCAUUAGGGCCGCAAAGUCCGAGACAGCCCCCACAGCAGCAUCAGGCACAACCUCCACAGGAAGUGCGGGAACAGUAUGAGCAGCAGCGACAGGAACCACCUGAGCCAGUGGUCUGUCAGAGACAGCAGGACAAAGCUCAGAGGAGGCUGCGACGCUCGCACUCUGGCCCAGCUGGAUCCUUUAACAAGCCCUCACUGCUGCGCCUCACGUGCCACAAACGCCACACUCAAAGUAUGGAUAAGCCCGAGAUGCCACCCCCUAUCCCUCCACGGACAAUCAAGGCAGGAGACUGCCGCCGCUGGUCAGCAGAGGUCUCGUCUGGGGCUUACAGCGACGAGGACAAGCCACCCAAGGUGCCCCCAAGGGAACCUUUGUCCAGAAGCAGCUCCCGCACCCCCAGCCCCAAGAGCCUCCCAACAUACAUUAACGGGGUGAUGCCCCCAACCCAAAGCUUUGCACCGAAUCCUAAGUAUGUAAGCCGGGGUUUACAGAGACAGAACAGUGAGGGCUCCCCCUGCAUUCUCCCUGUUAUGGAGAACGGCAAAAAGGCCAGCGCCACACAUUACUAUCUCCUGCCUCAGCGGCCCGCUUUCGUGAACUCUCCUUAUGUAGAGAGAUUUCUUCGGGUCAUGGACAGCCCUGCAGCUCGUAAUAAAGAUGUAUCAGAUUCAGACUGGGACUGUCACGCCAGGACGAAAGCACAUGUGGAUUCAGUUUGAAAUAUUUUAGUGGAAGUCUACUGUACAUGAGCAGAAACCACUUGAAAGAAAUGGUGAAACUGGACGCUUACGACCCUCAAACUGCUGCUUUUACUUAUUUUAAUUUUUUUAACCCCUAUGUAUUCUGAACACACAGGGUAUGUGCGCACUGUUUUCAGUUACUGGUACUGUUGGAAUAGCUAUCACAACCGAGAUACUUUAUGUAAAAACUGUAUCUCUGUCUAUAGAUUGUGGGCAAAAUUCAACAUUGUAGAGCUUAUUUUUUUUACAUGAUUUUUAUUUCAUGACAUUCAAUAUCGUGCUGUUUUUGCUGAUGUGAUGCAAUCAGAUGGUACAAGCGGGCCUUGAACCGCUCAGUAUUUUCUGUGUCUGGAAGGUUGAGGAUAUUUUAUGAGAUGCAUUGACGCUGCUUUUGUAUCUCACAAGGGACUAAAGGUCAGUAAUGUAACACUUAAUAUAUGAAGUCUAAAUACAAGGCCAAUUAAUUGUUUUAACUAAAUGAAGGAUGCUAGCAGACAAAUCUCUUUUCUGUUUGCUAUUAUUUAUCAACAUUGAUAUGGUUCUCCUGCCUUGAUUAAGUUCAGUCUUACUCAGUCCACUAUAUAUGUGUAAAUAUGUUUCCCACAUGGUACAUUUUGUACUAAGAGGUGGGUACAUUACUGGUAGCUACGCAUGUUUCCAUUGGAAUGUCUAGUGCAGCUUAUAUAGUGUAGUUGUCUGUUGAGGUGUGUGUAUGUGUUUGUGUGUAUGUGUUUGUGCAUACGUGCAUGUGAACAGCAGUUCAUUAUCCGGUGAGACUUUAUAAAAAAAAACUUUCUACAAUUGGUAGACAACGGUCAACCAUACUUGUUACUGUGCUCUGCUUAUUUGCGGCGCCUGCUUUUGAGUACAGCCCUCUAAAAAGUGAUUGCUUUCUUUCAGUGUCCAGGUCUGUUUUGUUGCACAGAAAUUGGCCUGUUGAACAUUAAGUGAAUGUAUGCUAUUCUUACUGAAAUUACAUCAAACAGUUGGAGGAGCUGAUUUUUGGUCAAGCUGUGAGUCAUUGCGCAGAACUAAUUUGCCCCACGUACUACCUCCAUUUUCAAUUUGAAUCCUAUAUUUCACAUAAUCCCCAUUUAAUGAAAGCAAAAUCUAAAAUUCUAAUCUACAAGAGAUAAGGUAACCAGCUCUUUUUGUGACCUGAUACACAGUUUUAAUUCAGUUAAGAGUAACACAAAGUAAAUUGUAACCGGAUAUCCUUAAAUAGAGAUUUUUUAUCACGCAGAUCUUGGAUCACAGAUGUUAGGCUAACCUGUUAAUACAGACGCAUUACAAAGACAGUGCAGGGUUUACCUACCUGACACAGACUUUCCUGUUCUGCUCAUGCAUUCCUGCCUUACAUGAUUGCGGUGGGUGUGGCCUGAGAGACUUUGGCUGCUGGCAGCCUAGAAAAUAUAUGAAUUUUAUUGUUGUAGAUUAUUCAAGAAGUGUUGAGGAUGAUCUAGUAAAUGUAGCACAUGUAUUGAAGUAACCCUUGGUAUCGAACACGGUGUUCAGUUUGGGAAACAACUGCUAAGGUCAAACGGUCAUUGAAAUAUACUUUUUCUCUCCCUCCUGCUCACAAAACCUUGCCAACUCAAUGUUGCUUUUGACUUAAAUGUCUGAAAAAAAUGUUUACAUCAUACACUGAUACUAUUUAAUCUUAAGGUAUUCAUAUGUCUUAUUAGAAAUAAUAAAAUUGAAUGAAGACUAGUUUAUCAAGAAAUAACUUCUCUGCUGUGGUGAAGACAUGCACUGGGAGAGCACAGUAUGCUGUGUACAGUAUUUAACAAUUCCAUUUGUUAUGAAUAGUUGAUGAGUGUAUAUAGUCUUUAAAAAGAAAGCAAAAUAAAAUGACUUAUUUAUGAGCCUG